GGACUAAGAAACAAGUAUUUCAUAGAAUGUCUGGAUUAUGCCGAUUGGAUUACCCAAUCUACGCAUGCAGUGUUUUGGAUGAUAAUCAUAUAGUGGUUGCGGGCGGGGGAGGGGCGGCUAAAACCGGCGUUCCAAAUGCAGUUGAUAUUUUGAAAAUAGAAAAAAUUGGAAGAGUUGUUCAAGCUGACCCGGUCGAAAGACUAGAAACUGGCGACACUGCUUCUAUGAACAUCUCUGUGCUUAAUCAAGGAAAAGAUAAAGAUGCGAUGCUCGCUGUCGGGCUGGGGGGGAAAUGCAGCGUCUACUCCGUAGUGAAAAAAUCAGUAGCUGGGGGAGAUAAUACACCGACCAAUUUGAAGCAGAGAAAAUCGAAAAAGAAGUCACAGCCAGUGGAACCGGAUGAAAACAAACAAGAGCACUAUACAUUUAACCUUCUGCGUACUUUAGAAACGGAUUUUAGCUCUGACCCGUUACAAAAAGCCGUCCGAAUCAGUAAAAAUGGAAAGUUACUCGUCACUGGAGGUUCCGAUGGCUACGUCCGCUGCUGGAGUCUACCGGAUUUCACGAAACGCUUCAGCACACACGGACAUAAAGAUGAUGUAACGGAUGUAGAUAUAAGUCCUGAUGGGUUACACGUGGUUUCCGUGGCACGGGAUGGCGGCGCGUCAAUUUGGAAUUCCGUAAACGGAAAUAAAGAAAUUGAUCUUCACUCAGCUUGGAAUUUAAAAAUGGUAACAAGAGGGUAUCGAUUUCGUUGCUGUCGAUAUGCUUCAGUGAUCGAGGAUAAAACGUCUUACGUACUUUUCACCGCUCACACACCGGUGCGAGCAGGCCGUGGUGCUGAUAAAAAAAUUCCGCAAGGAUGUUUAACGAAAUGGGCAAGAAAGCGUGCAAAUGGUAUGGAAAAUUCGAAAAACAGCGUCCUUUCUCCUGCUAUUAUACAGUUUACAGGAAAAGAAGCAAUUUCAUCCUUAGCUGUCAGUAAUGAUGGAGUAUUCUUAGGUUUAGGGUUUAUGGAAGGAUCAGUGGCAAUAUAUAUAUCAUUCAGUCUACAAUGUGUUAAAAAAAUUUCAAGUUUGCAUGGAAUUUUCGUGACGGGUGUCUCAUUUUUACCAAAUACUGAAGCCGUCGUAGCAAUUACUGGCGCUUGUGAUGCUUCGCUUGUCUCAGUUUCAGCUGACAAUACUUGCAAACUAACGAAACUAUCUAGCAGAUAUCUAUUCCCAGUUUGGGUUGCCAUAUUUUUAUCUUUUAUUGCUUUGGUACUUACUGGACUGUUUAUGCGGGAAUAUGGUAUCAUUUAACCUUCAUUUGUGAUUGUUUUUCAGUGGGUCUAGUGUAAUUAGUACUUCUAGUGGGCUUGUCAUAUCCAUUUUUGCAUAUGUUAUUCUUAGCCCCCAUCUGAAUACGUCAUCCAUAUAUGAUGUCACUGCGACGUCACAGUCCUGUCAUAUAGCUUGCCAAAGUAUAGCGAUGAUCACCGGAAAUGGCGUCUGCGCCGACAGUAACGAACUCACUAACAUCAGCGAUCUCUUUUAUAUCAGGAUCGUUGUGACAAGUGACAUGGCUUACUCGACUGCGGAUGAGCGUAUGUAGGUUUUGGACGAUCCUCCGUAUACUUUUGAGGGCCUCAUUACGCCAUGCUGUGAGUUGUGACGUUGUAGUGACACAAUUUUCGGAUGAGGUAGUCAGGUGGGGGUUACAGUGACAUAUGCGAAUAUUGUUACGCCACAUCCACUAGAAGUUGUUGUGGUACUAAACUGCACGAGACCCGUUUCAGCUGGGCUGUGGGGAUGGAGACACUUUUAUUUUUUUUUCAAACUCCCAGUGAUCUAGAGCAGCGGUUCUAAAUCUAAAUUUCACAGGAAAAAGUAGUGUCGAAAUGUAUUCACAAGGUGGUAAAUUCAAAGGGGCCUGGAAAACGUGUUUUUUCAAGUCUUAAGGGUCUAAAAAGUAUUUGAAGCUUGAGGUUGAGGGAGGGAUUGAUACCUUGCUUUGAGCAAAAGAAAUUUUAAAAACAUAGUUUCCGUCCUAAUAUGUCAAAUUGUCUAAAUUCUUCUUUAUUCUUUCAUAAUCUAAGUCCAAGUGAAGUCGCUUUUUAGAAUUUUUCUCCCAUUCCGCAGCCCAUGUUUUUAUUGUCAGAUACAAUAUUUAAUACCUUUUUCUUAAAACCUGGUGGCCGAGCUUUGGAUUUGAUCUCGCAAAAGUAUAGUGCAAUUAUCUGUCUAUUCGUUAAUUUGAGUGGGAUAUUUUAAUUUUGUGUCGACCAUUGUUUGUUUUGUAUUGCUGCGUAGUAUAGUUCGAUAUUCUAGAAUUCUGAUUUGUAGUCAAUUUCUCAAUUUUGAAUAUCAGAAUGAAAAAUAUAAUAUAGGCUGAUUUUUUACAGUAAUAAUUUCCCUUCAAUGAUGCCAAAUUUUGAAAACAAUGGAUUAGCUAGUUAGUUUUGAGUUUCUUCUGCUUGUGAGGGCGU